GUUGCGUUACAAAACAAGAUGGUGGAUUGUGUCUCUGAAUCUUUCGUUCUCGGAAUCGACGUAGGAACAACCUCGAUCAAAGUAUCCCUGCUGCGAAAUAACACCAGAGAUGUCGUUGAAAGUUUUAGUUGUGAGACAGGGGCGAAUAUUUGCGUCGAAGACUUGGACUUCGCAGAGCAAGAUGUGGCAAAAAUUCUUGCCAGUUUACACCAUGUUUUAGGGCAGCUGUCGACCCAUCUUCUGGUCAAAGUGAGCAGUAUCGGGAUAUGUGGACAAAUGCAUGGCUGCGUGAUGUGGAAAGGCCAAUCUUGCGUGACUUGGAAUACAUCAGAAUUUCGUGACUAUUUUAGAGCUAGGGACAAUGUUUCGCAUUUGAUUACUUGGGAGGAUCGAAGAUGUACAAGCGAAUUUUUGGCCACGCUCCCCGCUUCUCGCACGAAUGCUGCUAUUUCUACUGGUUUUGGAUGUGCUAGUCUUUUCUGGCUUCAAAGAAACCGUCCUUAUCUUUUGGAACGUUUUGACUGUGCUGGAACUAUUAUGGACUUAAUUGUGUGUGUUUUGUGUCAAAUGGACAAGCCUUCUAUGUCUACACACAAUGCUGUUAGCUGGGGAUAUUUUCAUGUCGAUAACAUGACAUGGGAGUUAGACGUCCUAGAACAUGCAAAAUUUCCCACCCACCUCCUGCCAGUGGUGGUCACGCCUGAUGCUGUGGCUGGUAAACUGCAAAGAGCAUUCUACAAUAUACCUGUUGGAACACCUGUGGGGGUGGGACUGGGGGACUUCCAGUGUUCAGUACUUGCCAGUAUGUCUCAGCAGAGUGAUGCAGUUCUUAAUAUUGGUACUUCCUGUCAGCUAGCUGUUGUUGUUCCUGAUAGUGUCUGUGCCAUUGAUAGUGGAGACUCUCCAAAUCUAGCUAAAAACGUUACAAGGGAAGCAUUGCAGCUUCUUCCAUUCUUUAAAGGAAGGAAGGUCAUUACAGCUGCCUCACUUUCAGGUGGUAAUGUUUUUGCUGUCUAUGUAAAGAUGUUAAUGUCAUGGAUGAAGGAUCUUGGUGUGAAUGACAGCCUUCCAUCUACAGAUGAAAUUUAUCAAAGAAUUCUUUACUACGCUGAGAAAAAAGGUUCAACAUCACUGAAAGUGGAUCCUACUUUCUGGGGGGAAAGGCGCUUUCCAGAUCAACUGGGACAGGUGACUAAUGUUACACCAGAAAAUAUCUCACUUGGCGACAUUGGAGUGGCUCUUUCUCGAGGUCUUGUGGAAAAUGUGCAGAAAAUGAUGUCAAGGGAAUUCCUGCAAUUGCAUGGUGUGCAAAGAAUUGUAGGCACAGGUAGUGCUCUGAUGAGAAAUCAGGUUCUCCAAAAACAAGUUGAGCAGGUUUUUGGAUUGCCACUGGUGCUGCAUGAAAAUGUAGAUGCAUCAACAGGAGCUGCGCUGGCUGUUCUUUGCAGGGAGAAAUUAAUAUGACACAUUACAUCCCCAGAAUCAAGGUCACAGUUGAAGUACUACUGAUGGCCAUUUUGCCAGUCGAUUAAAUUUUUAAAAAUAUAAUAUUCUUUUAUGUUCUA